AUGACGGUGAAAAUGCGUGUACGCAAAUGUCCGACGGACGAGCUGGCACUCACGAACUGUGCUGUGGUAAAUGCCAGUGUUUUCAAUGCAUCCGGCACAAAGCAUGUGCUGGUGAAAACGGGUCCGGCGCAUCAUUUCGUCUUCUCGAUUCGCAAUCAUCCAUCUCUGAAAACGGAUGAGAUAGCUUUCGCGAUGCCCCAACGUAAAUGGUCCAAGCUUUCGUUGGACCAAGAAGUGGAGGUGCAACCGUUCAGUUUUGCCACCAACCAGUACAUUGGCUCAAUCACUGUUGCCGCUGAUUUCCAAUCCAAAAAAAAUCAAACAGUUGAACCGUUGAAUGCAGAUCAUAUGGCACGAGAAUUCUCGAUCCAAUUUGCUGGCCAUGCUUUCACACGUGGCGAAUUACUGGUUUUCAAAUUCGAUGACGAUAAGAAAAGAUCUCAUACCCUAUCGCUAACUGUCGUAUCUAUCAUGGGGAUCGAUUUAUCAGUUGCGGCAAAUCCACAAGCAUUAGCCAGUAUGAAGCCAGUUGAGGUUAUUUGUAAAUUAUUUGUAGUUUUUUUUUUUUUUUUUUGA